UACCAAUGAUAGCACACAGACACCAAGCUAGUUAGCUUCACUUCAGACCGCAGCUGACUGACCUCCGCUCCCAAGAUGGCUGGUGUUCGAGCCCUUGGUGUUCUUUCCAGAUUGACAUCAAGGAGAUAUGCUCUCUUCAUAGGCAAUAAUUUUCGCACGUUCUCAGUAGCUCCUGCCAUGCAAGCCCGUACACAUGUGAACUAUGAAGUCAAGGGCGAUGUUGCUGUUGUACGGAUCAAUGAUCCUAGCUCCAAGGUUAACACCCUUUCAAUCCAAAUGCAAAAGGAGAUGGCAGAAGUAAUGGAUGAAGUGUGGGGAAACAAUGCUGUUCAAAGUGCUGUCCUCAUCUCCUCAAAGCCAGGAUGCUUCAUUGCAGGAGCUGAUAUUAAUAUGAUCCAGGCCUGCAACAGUGCAGAGGAGGUCACCAAACUUUCUCAGGAAGGGCAGAAGAUGUUUGAGCUGAUUGAAAAAUCUCCAAAGCCUGUUGUUGCUGCCAUCAAUGGCUCUUGCUUAGGAGGAGGCCUAGAGUUUGCCAUUGCCUGCCAGUACAGAAUUGCAACAAAGAGCAAGAAAACAGUUCUCGGUACUCCUGAAGUAAUGCUGGGUCUUUUACCUGGAGCUGGUGGUACUCAGAGACUCCCCAAAAUGGUUGGGAUACCCAGUGCCUUUGACAUGAUGCUAACGGGAAGAAAUAUCAGAGCAGAUAAAGCCAAGAAGAUGGGGCUCAUCGACCAACUUGUAGACCCUCUAGGACCUGGCCUGAAAAGUCCAGAGGAAAGAACGAUAGACUACCUCGAGGAAGUUGCCAUCGAAUGUGCCAGAGGAAUCGUCAACAAGAAGAUCCCUCUCCGCAAAGAGAAGGGCAGGAUGCAGAAAAUUCAAGACUACAUUAUGAGCUUUGGAUUUGUCCGGAAUCAAAUUUACAAAACUGUCCAUGGUAAAGUUAUGAAGCAGAGCAAAGGACUUUAUCCUGCACCCCUGAAAAUCAUUGAUUGUGUGAAGACUGGAGUAGAACAAGGCCCUGUUGCUGGAUACUUAUCUGAGUCUCAGAAUUUCGGUCAGUUGGCGAGAACCUCAGAAUCAGGGGCCCUGAUUGGUCUCUACCACGGUCAAGUUGCGUGCAAGAAGAACCGCUUUGGAACUCCUGCAAGAGAAGUGAAGACUCUUGCCAUCUUGGGAGCAGGUCUGAUGGGAGCAGGUAUCGCCCAGGUUACUGUGGACAAAGGUGUGCACACAAUCCUGAAGGACACCACUAUUCCUGGACUGGCCAGAGGAGAGCAGCAGGUUUAUAAGGGGCUCAACGACAAGACAAAAAAGAAGAGCAUCACGUCAUUUCAGAGAGACUCCAUACUGUCCAACCUGACCGGCCAGCUGGAUUACGGCGGCUUUGAAAAGGCCGACAUGGUUAUUGAAGCUGUGUUUGAAGACAUUAACAUCAAGCAUGCUGUCCUGAAGGAGGUGGAGGCUGUGGUCUCCCCUCACUGCAUAUUUGCCAGCAACACGUCUGCUCUGCCCAUCAAGGACAUCGCUGCUGCCAGCAAGAGACCAGACAAGGUCAUUGGAAUGCACUACUUCUCUCCAGUCGACAAGAUGCAGCUGCUUGAGAUUAUAACCACUGAUAAGACGUCAAAGGACACUACAGCCUCUGCUGUGGCAGUCGGGCUGAAGCAGGGCAAAGUCAUCAUAGUUGUUGGGGAUGGACCUGGAUUCUAUACAACAAGGUGUUUGGCUCCAAUGUUGGCUGAAGCUGUACGAGUACUUCAGGAAGGGGUUGACCCCAAGAAGUUGGAUGCACUCACCACAAGCUUCGGGUUCCCCGUGGGUGCAGCCACACUGGCUGAUGAAGUCGGUAUUGACGUAGCCGCCCAUGUGGCAGAGGACCUCGGCAAAGCUUUUGGCUCUCGCUUCGGUGGUGGAAAUGUGGAGGUUCUGAAGACCAUGGUGGACAUGGGAUUUAAGGGCCGGAAAUCAGGAAAGGGUUGCUACAUCUACCAGCCAGGACUCAAAGUCAAAGAAGUCAACCCAGACAUCGGAGACAUCCUUGAGAAGUUCAGGAUAACACCAAAUCCUGCUGUCUCGUCGGACUCCGAUGUGCAGUACAGACUUGUUUCCCGGUUCGUCAACGAGGCCGUGAUGUGUUUGCAGGAGGGUAUUUUGAACAACCCCUUGGAAGGAGACAUUGGGGCAGUGUUUGGGCUGGGAUUCCCUCCCUUCCUCGGAGGACCUUUCCGUUUUGUUGACACCUUUGGUGCCGACAAACUGGUGGAGAAGAUGAGGGCGUAUGAAGCUGUCUACGGAAAUCACUUCACUCCAUGCCAACUCCUGCUGGAUCAUGCAAAGGAUUCCAGCAAGAAAUUUCACAAGUGACCGACUCACCGCGCGUGCCAGUAGCUCAUAAUAAAGCCUGCCACAUGAGUGGAGGCAAACAUACUGGAGAUACGCUCAGUUUCCAGUUUAUUAGGUACACCUAGCUAAAACUAGUAUCCUGCAAUCUGUCUUUAUAACAUUCAGCGUUUGUUGAAACUGUUUCUACUGUAUGAUCAUUUUGCAUGACGCAGAGUGUGGUGUUGUAUAGCAAUAACAUAGAGGUGCUUCUCUUAUAUAGCCUCCAAAGUGACUGUACAGUUGAAUCAACAGCCUCUCUAAAACAGUGCAUUAGUUUUAGCUGGGUGUACCUAAUAAACUGGUAACAGAGUACAUUAUCUGCAGAAACAUGUUUUUUUUAUUGUACUUUAACAUUAUUGAUUUACAUGAUGGUGUAUAGAUUAAGGAGCAUAAGACGCCUAAUUAUUCAUGCAUUGCAUUUAAAGACACUGCAGAGACAAAGGAAUUAAAAUAUUUUCCAACUGGCAAAUAAUUUGUCAGUACUGAUGAAUGUCUACCAAUAUUCUUCAGCAAGUGUCAUUACUUUUUUGUACAUUAAAAGAUUUUCUGGCCUGGUUUGAACGGUGAUGUAAAUGUGAAGCUUGAAUAAAUGUUUUGUUAUUGAAUCAAA